ACUCCAUCGCUGCUUCAGUCUACGAUGUUACCAGAUAGUGAAUUGGAAAAGAAAUUCCUCAGAGCUCAGAAUAUUCUACAUCACGUAACCCGAUCAAUUGCAUUCCUAGGAAUGUGGCCAGUCGAAGUAACUAAUCAGAGUAAAAUGAGACUUAUUUUGUAUUUAACGUAUCAUACUUAUCGUGUGUCGAUGCAAUUAAUUGAACUUGCAAUUAUUAUUGGAAAUCUCGAACUUACCAUUGACAAUCUCACUGUCACGGGUUUCCAAAUAGCUGUUAUAUUAAGACUGACAAUCUGGAGAUUUAAUCCAAAGAUGCGCUACACUAUUGAGAAACUCAAUGAAAUUCAUCAACGACACAUGUUUAACAACGCCAGGGAAAUGGAUAUUUUUAUUAAAUAUAGUGAAUAUUCUGAGGGUAUUUACAAAAUUAUUAUGGUAACAUCCGUUACGUGUUGUGUUUCGUGGUACAUAACACCAUUUCAGAAUUAUAUAUUUGCAAGUAAGUGGUCAGAUCCAUCAUAUUGUUAUUUUCAAGUGUGAUCUCCAUUUU